AUGCCUGUAAAUGUGGUUGAACGAACAUUAAAUGCAAUGGAAUUGGGUAAACUUAAUGUUCUUCAUUUACAUUUAUCAGACGAUCAAGGUUUUCGUGUUGAAAGUAUUGAACAUAAUUUAUUACAUGAUCGAAAAGAUUUUUUUACUCAAAAAGAUAUUCGACAUCUUGUUGAAUUUGCUAAACAAAGACGUAUCCGUAUUGUACCUGAAUUUGAUAUUCCUGGGCAUACAACAAGUUGGUUUGUUGGUUAUCCAGAAUUAGCGACUGAGCCACGUCCGCAUCAAGUUGAAAUUCGAUGGGGUGUACUGAAACCUACAAUGGAUCCAACUAAAGAUAGUACAUAUGAAUUUCUUGAUAGUUUUUUUCGAGAAAUGACAGCAUUAUUUCCUGAUGAAUAUUUUCAUAUUGGUGGUGAUGAAGUUGAAGGUUCUCAAUGGAUGCAAUCUUUAGCAAUUAAUACUUUUAUUAAUAAACACAGACUUGGAGAUAAAAAUGGUUUACAAGCUUAUUUUAAUAAACGUAUACAAAAAAUGCUUCGUAAAUAUAAUAAAAAACUGAUAGGAUGGGAAGAAAUUCUUGAUGAGUUUCGAGAAAAUUUAGCAAUUGAUAAAGAUGCUAUUAUACAAUCGUGGAAAAGUCGAAAAUCACUUGCGAAUGCAAUAGAAAAAGGUUAUAAAGGUUUACUUUCUACUGGUUAUUAUCUUGAUCAUCUUCAACCAGCAACAUAUCAUUAUAGAAUUGAUCCAAUUUUAAAUGAUGAAUUAUGGUUAUUUAAUGAAGAACAAUUAAGUCAUGUUUUAGGUGGAGAAGCAUGUAUGUGGAAUGAAUAUGCUUCGCAAGAUACUGUGGAUUCUCGUUUAUGGCCUCGUAUUCUUGCUAUUGCUGAACGUUUUUGGUCUCCAUCAUCGAUAAAUAAUCCUGAUUUUCUUUACGAACGUCUCUUUCGAAUGAGUCAUUUACUUGAUAAAAUGAACACAGCUGAUGUUUGUGAACCAUAUGGUUUUGAACAACGUAGUCAAAGUAAUAAAUAUACCGCACUUGUACCAUUAACAACAUUUACUGAUGCCUUACAGCCUGAAAGUGAACUUGUUUGGAAAUUAGAAAAUCUUCCAUUUAAUGAUAAAAUGUUUCGUGAUAUUUUUCAAAGAUGGUCGCUCAAUGAUAUACGUUUACGAGAAUUAUUUGAUGAUGUUGAAAUAGCUAAUAGUAAACGAUUAUGGGGACAAGAUAUUGGACAAUUAUCAAAAAAUCUUGCUACUAUUGGUAAAAUUGGUUUACAAGUAUUAAACUAUGGUGCAAAAAGAAUAUUACAUCCUAAUGCAAAUGACUCCAUGAAUUCUUGGCCAAUAUCACAAUGGAUGGGAUAUCAUAAUCAAAUGUUAUAUCAAUUAGAGAAUCAAGUUAAUGAAGUACGAUUAGCUGCUGUAAGACCAGUUCGACGUUUACUUAAUUCAAUUAAAAUAUUCACUUAA